AUGGUGAGGGAAUCAUUUUACCACGACGUUCUGCUGCAGUGGAUCCCUCAGGACAGUGACGGCCUUUUGCUCAACCGCUGCGAUAAGGCAUCUCGCAUAUGCCUUUCUGCUGCAAGCAGGGCGUUAAGGUCCAGUUUCGGACAUUGGCUCGUGACGCAGUAUGCAGAUUCCAUCUCGCAGUUGGAGGAGUGUGGAUUCCUCUACUGCAAGCUGUUCGCCCACCAUGGGGGGCUAGACGCCAAGAUUACUCUGGCCAAAGCUUUCCCUGGGUUCGGGUUCUGCGGCCUGUUGUGGCGCGGAGAGCUGAGCAUGUGCCCUUUGGACAUCAUCACGGGUGCUGACAAAUAUGAGGUGAAAGACCUCUUCUACCGCUUGCUGGAGCAUUUUCCAUGCUUUAUGGGCUCCGUACUGGCGGAGCUGUUCAGCCGCCUGCAAGGUGGGAAAGACGGCGCCCAACCAGAGAAGCCUACGCAGGAGCCACUUGCGAAAGCCUUGGCGACAUUGGAAACCGUGCUUGCUAAAUGGCAGACAGAUGUCAGAGAAAAUUACCCGUAUAGGUUUCGAAGACCAAAUGAGCUUGUGGCCAACAUGAUUUGUUCAAUCCCUCCUGCCGAGGCGCUGAGAUGUGGAUUCGCACCUUGGUUUGUUAAGCUGACCAAAGGGAGCAUCCUCCAUUCAGCCGCUUCCUCGACGGCUGUUUUUCUGAAGAUACAAGAGGAUUGCAGCAGUCGUGAAGCGCUGUGUGUAGAGUUUAUGAACAUUUUGUGCGGAGUAAGCCAUUGCGGUCAUUGUCCACAGGCAGUGGUAUUGAUGUUUCAGGCUUGCUUGCGAGUGGUGGAAGAUGAUAACUUUAACCUUGGUCCUUCCGCUGAAUACGGUGUGCAGUUGUGCCAGGCGCUUUCAAUCCUGGCCAAAGCCAAGUCUGUCUGGAGGGGGCCACACUCCAAGAGAACAAGGGAAAUUCAUCUGCGGCAGCUCUUGGACAAGGCCUUUGAGCGUCACAAGGCCAUGCUUGCAAACAACGAAUCCGAAGCCCCGGAUGUUUUGGAGGAGACCUGCAAAGGGCGGCACCUCCGGUACUAUCCUGCACACAGCUUCACGCAGGAAGAGCAGCGGUGGAUCAGCCACUUCGAAGCCAGAAUCUUCGAUUUGGCGGCUCCCAAGGUUGGUUGCUCUAUGCGAUGGGCCGGAGAGAACGCAGCAUGGAAUUCCACUUUUCUGAAAGGCUUUUUGAGGGCAAAGACGCAGCGCUUCGAUGCUAUUUACGGGCCUGUACAACAUGCACAAACCCAAGAAGAGAUCGAGGCUUGCAGAAAGAAAUGGGUUCGCCAAUGGCUCACAGGAGUCGUCACCGUUUUACAGCAACAUUCGAUUCCAGUUUAUCCAGGUCCUACCGAGUUUGAUGAUGACUACGCCACUUUUUCAGAUGCAGACCUUGAGGAGAUCCAGUCUGUAUGCAGUGCGAACCCAUUUUUGAACGAGACCUUGGAAGAGUUUGUAGAUGCUCUUCUUGAACUUCGACAAGAAGCCCCAUGA